GCCCAAUCCGCCUUCAAACUUAAUUUGGCAUGCUACUGUCCAUGAGAUCCAUCUAAUCCCGUUCUCUUUAUCUUUCCCUGCCCACGAGAAUCUCGAAAGCAGACUAUUGCAUCGAUGACAAGUUAAAGAAGGAAGUCGAAAUGAGGACAUCGCAUACAUUGGUCCUGCUGAACCCACAGCUUUAAUAACGAAUUCCUUCCCGGUCAGUGACAAUUUUUUUGAUUUCCAGCUCCUAAUCCGGUUCGCCAAAGGUUCCUCAACAAACUGGAAGGCCAUUGUUUUUUUUAUCCCCGGACUUGAGAGGGUAAUCCAAGAUACUUAUCGCCGACGCCCAUCUUUGUAAUAGCGUCGAGGUCCGCAUCUGAAACAUUAUUGCUCACACAAACUGUAGAUUUAUCCAAAUUCACACGAUUUCCACUCAUUGAUUCUUAUUCAGUAAGCAUAUAAAGAAGGUUAGCACAUUCAGGAAUGGACGCACGUUUGAAUAAGUAAGUAUCAUCGGUAAAGAAAAGAUGAGAAGUAACCGAAGCUAGUUUGUGGACUCAUAACCCAUGAAGAGAGGAUGAGGCAAGUUCAAAAAGAAUUUUCGCAAAAAAGCUUAUGAGUACAAGGCAAACAGGAGAGGGGAUAAAGCGUCACCUUGUCAUAUACCUCGCUGCGGUAGAAAGUAUCCAAACUCUACCCCGUUCAUGAGCACCAAAAAAUUGACUGUGGUGACGCAAUAUAUGAUCCAUCGCAGCCAGCUCUUGAGUGAAUCCCAUUUCUUCCAAAACUGCAAACAUGAAGCUUCAUUCCACCCGGUCGUAGGCUUUCUCCAUGUCAUCAAGCUUUAGUGCCAUCCACUUUUCUUUAUCCUGAACCUUAAUCUUCAAGAACUGCAUAAUCUCUUGAGCAAUUAAAAAUUUGUCAGUAAUAGCUCUACCCUUUAUGAAUCCAUUCUGGAAAGGACUAACUAUAAUAGGCAACAUAUUACUCAACCGGGCUGCAAGAAUUUUUGCUAUAAUCUUGUACAAAACCUGGCACAAUCUCAUUGGUCUCAUCUAGCGCAUAGUGUCUACAUUAGGCACUUUCGGAAUCAAUGCGAGCCACGUAUGGUUGAUGCUGCGAAGCAAUUGGCCAGAACUGAAGAAAUUUAGAACUGCAACACAAACAUAAACUUCUAUAUUCACCCAAAAUCAUUGGAAGAAGGCUGUCGUGAAGCCAUCAGAUCUCGGGGUUUGAGUUUUCCCAAUGCUGAAAACCCGCUGUAUCUCCUCAUUGGUGACCGAUGCUGUAAGUGCUUCGUUCAUGCUAUCAUCCACCACUCUUGGCAGCCCUAAUCGUCUCACAAAGGCUCUUAGGUCAGAAACAUAAGAAGUGAACAGGUGUUGAUAGAACGUAAUUGCCACAUUCGCUUUUGCAUCUUCUUGUGUAUGCACAAUUCCUUCAUCAUCACACAAAGAUAAGAUGGCGUUCCCCCCGGCAUCGCUGCAUCAUUGUGGGAUGAAAGAAUCCUGUAUUGACAUCACCCUUAUGAAGCCAUCCCACCCUGGAUAUCUGUUUCCAGUAUGCUUCCUCUUGUUGGUAGGCAACUCCCAGCUGGCCUUCAAGCGUCUUAAUGUGGUCCCAAUCUACUACCAGACUCUCUCUCGCUUCUUCAAUAUUCGUCCAAAGUUCACGUAUUUGCCUUGCCGAGUUUGGGGUUCCUUUGCUAGCCCAUCCCACCAAAUCAUGGCGCAAGUGCUUUAGCUGUGUUCGCAAAUGAAUAUCAUUGAUGUAGGAGCAAUGAAAUUUAAAUAAGUUGGAUUGCAAAAAUUAUAAGGUAUCACUAUAAAAAACAAAUGCAAUUGACUUUGCAAUCCCAUUGAUGUGGAUACUCUAAAACAAGUAUUGUCCGAUUCGGUUAAAAUCGCAAAAACGAAAAAAAAAUCUUAAAACCCACCAUAAAAUACCCCCAGCCCAGACCCAAUCCCCCAACCCAACCCGAAUUUCCAGACCAACCCGCUGAUAGCCCCUGAAACCCACCCACCCACUCUUAUCAUUUCCUAACCUUAAACCCCUAAUUGCCUUGAUGUUACUCUACAUCACGAGUGACUCACCCACCCUCUCACAAACCAUCCAAAUUGCCUUCACUCUAUUUCACUCUAUGCUCUGACGACCACAAAUCUGAGAAACAGAGACAUCGGCUGACGAUUCACCUACGCUCUCGCCUCCAUGCAAGGGGAACUCUGGCACCCAAUCUCAUACCGGAACUCCGACCUUGUUCUCGCCAUUUUAUGAAAAGACUGUAACAAGUCUCUUGCUUAAGACUGUUGGCUCAUUAAAAAACAACCAGGUGCUUCUACUAAAUUUGUCCACCACAAUGAGAAAGUAUGUAAAACCAUCGUGUGAAACAAUCUCAACUGGUCCCCAUGUCGACAUGAACUACAGCAAAUUCAACCUUAUCAACAAAUGCACUCUUACCAAAGGGUAACCUCUUCUAUUUAACCAAAUGGCAAAUUUCACAAUCAACAUUGUCUGCCAAAAAUACUUCACCGGAUUUAUUUUUAAUAGUCUGUAAUCUAGGUAAAGACAAAUGUCCAAGUCUGGCAUGUCGCAACUCAGAACUUGAACUUUGACUAGUGCUCACUCCAAGAAUGUGUGGGUAGUAAGUCUCUCAAAGUGAAUUGUCUUCUCCAAGUAAGUAUAACCCUCUAUCUACGUGGAUCAAAUCAAUCUUUUGUUGAGAUAUGAAGUCUCGAACACAACAAAAGGUGGAUUGAAAAGAAGGGAGAUAAGGUUGUUCUUUGUACGUUGGAUAAUGAAAAUAAAAUUGUAGCUGAAGGAAGGUACUAUCAAGACAUUUGUGAGAAAUAGUCUACAAUACAAUUUGACUAUCUUAUAUGUGUCACUAUGACUUGAUGUCCAUAGGGCAGGGUUACAAACAUGUUUCUAACUUCUUUACAUCUAAGAAACAAGUCAAUUGAAUAUAUAAUAUGGUCACUGGUUCUAGUGUCUAGGUGCCAACACUACCUUCACUAGUUCCCUUUGAAACAAAAUAGGAAGUCAUACAUGUUAUUGCUACAACUAAAUUGGCCUAAGAUAACAGAGGAAGUGAUUGAUGCUGACGUGAGCCUUGAAGAAAACUCUGAAGCCUAUUAAGAUCUUAUGGUAUGAAUCAUGUGAACACUAUUUGAUUCUAUGAAUACAUAUGAAGGACUUGCUCUAUUGUUGUUCCACUCUCCUGUGUUCACAUCAACAAAUUCACCAAAAACAUUUCCUCCGCAUUUUUUGUUAAGCUUCCAAUAAUCUUAGAUAACAUAGUUAUCCUUUUUGCAAUAACGACAUAAAAGUCCUUCCUCAUUAUUUUCCUUAGGCCCCUUGUCCUUGGACAAUGCCAACUUAUUCCUGGGAGCAGCUAGUGCUACAGCAAGAGCAAUAACUUCUUUUGAUUUGCCUGCAUUUGCAUUAGCUCCAUUAAUCUAUCUUUCCAAUUGGACAAUAGAACUAUAAACAUUGU